UUUCCUCCAUCACUUACACCAGCAAAACAACCCUUCCAUAAACCUCUCCUUCAUAAACAUGGCUUCUUCUUCGAAGUUGUUCCUCGUUGCUCUCGUCCUCGCCGUCACAUUCUGCAACAUGGAAAAUGGAAUGGCGGCCCGACAGCUUCUUCAAAUGCCGAAACCCGCAUUGCCUCCUAUGCCCACCAUCCCAACCCUGCCGCAGCCAAGUCUCCCAACCGGAGGAUUGCCGCCACUUCCCAGCGCCGGCGCCUUGCCCACCCUGCCGCAGUCAACGCUGCCGUCAGCAUUGCCACCACUCCCUAGCGCCGGCGCGAUUCCCAACAUGCCUUCCAUCCCAAAGGUUUCUCUGCCGCCGUUGCCUAGUGGUUUGCCAACCAUGCCUUCCAUCCCCGGCCUUACCCCGGCAGGCCCCGGCAACUGAAGUACAACAAAGUUGGUGGUGGAUAGAGGGCUUAUUGUUUGUAUUUCUGAUUGUUAUUUGAGUUUUCUUGGAUUGUAUAUUUGUUUCUACGUACUACUCUAUGCAAUCAUCACUCCGUUUUCUGUUUUUUUUUUUUUUUUUUUUUGUAUCACUUCCUUUUUUAUGUUUUGUGACAUGUGUGAUUUCUAUUGGAUUUUUUAUUUUUUCACAGUUUUGGACAAAGCCAUAAGAGCUGAUAAAUGUUGACCCAACCAACACUAAAUAUAGGUAGAACAACAUG